CCUGAAGAUGAAACCAUAGUUGUAGGCAUGACCAAUGGGGUGCUAAAUGUUAAACAUAGGAAACCUGAAGAAAAGAAAGAAAAAUCUCAAAAGAAGAGACAACCAGCAUAUAGAACCUAUGUGAAAGGAAGAACUUACAUGCCAAAACAGGAAGAUUUCUGUGUCAGUAAGCCUGUAAAACGUGUUUUGAGGAAAUAUGACAAGCUGCUGAAGAGCUUUCAGUCUUCCAAGGCCCUUGAUGCAGUUCUGGAGCCACCUAUCAGGCUUUAUACUCCUGAAGUUACGGUUGCAGUCAUGCAGGAACUACAUCGCAGAGGAACACUGAGGAGUGCGCUUGCAGGCCGAGAUGAGAAGCAAAUCAAUCUCCUUCUUACCUUUGUGGCAAGGCGUGUGAUUGAACCUAGAUUUACUCCUGUACUAGUGACUGUUGCAGAUAUGAUCACUGACAUUUAUCAGCCUGUGGUUGGGCAGUCGGCGAUUGUUGAUAGACAGUUCUUGAAACUUCAGGAGGCCAUAGGAAAAGAGAUUGACUAUCAAGAGGAACUACUAGAAGUUUUGGGAAUGAUGGAUACUCUGUUUGCUACUUUUACUAAGAAAAGAGCUACUUACCUAGAAGAGAACAAAAGUAAUGGUCUUGCAGAGACCAUUGAAACUAAUACGAGCAACUGACUGACAGCCAUGACAACGAA